AUGAAUGAAAUUUCGAGAGAAUACAGCGGAACGGUGAGUCAACGGAUCACAUUAAAAUAAUCCCAUAGCUUGUCUGACUUUAAUCACGUAUUCCCCUGAGGAGCACAGGUAUGUGAUGCUAAUUAGCCAGCGAACCAAUCACAGCGCGGAAUCCUUUGUAACUACGGAGUAGUAAAACUGCCGCGGACCCGUAAACGCGGUUUUUCGGGCUUAAAGAACCUUUUACACUAUGUUAACUGGCUAAUUGAAAAGCGAGCAAAGUCUUCAAGCACAGGUGAAUUGAUUCUUUGCAGCUGGCCCUUGCUUUGCAGGUAAUUAUGUCGCUGACUUUUCUGUAGUUCUUACGGGAGUUACUUUUGUUAGGAAAAUGUACAAUUACUUUAACUUCGAGUGUUCUUGUGAUCUUAGAAGUGGCUUGUCGAAGCUUUAGCUGCUUGUACGUUUUCAAAUCCAUAGUCAGUAGAUUUGUUGAGAACUGGAAAUUUUCUAUUAAGAGUUGUGAGAGUUCGUUCAGUUAAUAGGCUUUGCUUUCGCUCUCGUAUGACUCGCCAAACAUGAAUGAUAAGUUGAUACCUUAAGUCUUCAAGACAAAGAAGUUCUUUGAAAGAAACAUUCAUUUCAAAUACGAUAAGCGUGUUGUGUAAGCCUUUUCGUAACAGAGACACAACGUCGCUUCGUUUUCACUUAUAAACUACCUCAUGCUUGGGAUUUUCAGAUGAAGCCGGCGCGUGAUCGCCAUGGCGUCUUGAGCUUGGGAUAGCCAACGAAGACAAUAUUGGAAACAAAGAUAGCCAACCAUCUGGUCCCCUUAUUGGGGACCAGAUCGGUUUGUUUCCUUCCAAUGCAAAUGGAUUCCAACCUCAUGAAGUGAAAAAGUACAUUGAGAACUGGAGCAAAGAUGAAGGGACUCAAGUUAUACGGUAAACAUUUUCUCACCGGUAUCAAUCACAAUUAGCUUGUAUGGUUGCAAUAUUUGUUUACAUUACCACGGUGACUUUUUGGCUGCAUAUCGUCGCCACUCGCUGAUAAAGAAGGUUCAAUUUUUGACACCCUUACUUGAGAUUUCGUUUAUUUUCCUACAGCGGAGGGUUUCAGGAAACAUCAAUUUUGCUGUCUAUUUGAUUUCAUGCUUAUUAUCGACAAUAUAUCUAUGGUCGUACAGUAUUACCUUUCAAAAUUUCUGACACAAAUAUCACAAUAUUCUUUGGGUCUUCCGUUGUAUGUGCAUACAUUCUAGGUUUUGAAGUGAAAGAAUGACCGCAUUGUUCAGCUUUUAAUGGCCUUUUUUAUGUUUUAAUAUAGUCUCAGUAAAACAGUCACUGUAUAUAACUAUCAAUCCUAUCAAAGUUUGUUCAUGUAUUUUAUAUUAAUGAUCGUUUCGAUUACAAUUAUGUCGUGGGAAUGUAAGCUUACAUGCAUGUAUAUUAGCCCGAGGUUUGCUCGCUAUCAUGUAUUAAAAUUUAAUACAUGAUCUGCGUUUUACAAUUGGUAAUUUCCUGAUACUAAUUCAUAACUGUUGCAACUAGCAUAACAGUCAACAGUUGUCAAAUAAAAAAAUUAACCUCAGGAUAAUUAAACCAAUAAAAAAAAACGAUAAACUAACAAUGAGUUCUUAUCAACUCGAUAGUUUUGAUAUUAGUGGGGUUUGUACCAGGCAUAAUAGAGCUGUAAAAACCGCUCCUAGGAUUUUUACAGUCGCCAAAAAUUGAUACUUUUACGAUGCUGGUCUGCAAUUUUGUUUGGGUUGGCUUUUGUGUACACAAUUUUCAUUAAGUUAACAUGAAUCUUUUUUGAAAGUCUGUUUUUUUAUAGUCGAAGAUAAAAAGUAUGGUGAUGAUGUGACAGUAAAGGGUGCUCUUGAAAACAUAUAUGUCUUAUAUAAUUUUUUUUCUUUUUAUUUAGCUUGAAUGAGUUUAGUUUUGACCAGCUAAGUCUUUUCUAAAGACAAAAACUUUAUUGACUUUAUCUUCGACAUGAAGAUUUCAGUACCAAAGCAAUCAAUAUGACAACAAAUGAAAUAAACUAAAAAUUAUAAAAGUUAGGUAAGAGAGAAAGGAACAACAACUAUAUAUCGAACAGUAAUAGAAAAUCACUCUGCUAUGUACGGCUUCUACACUACUCAAAUAUGUUAUUAAAAGAAGGUUAAAUUUGAAUUCGGAUUUAUAACAAUUUAGAAUUUACCGUGUCACACAAUUACUCUUUUUUAAAUCACCUAAUAGAUGUUUCACCUUGGGAAACGUUUUGCUAGCAAAACGAAUCAAUGAUCCGCAUUUUUCAAACUGAAAGUAUAGGGGUAUCACUAUUUUUUGUAUAUUUAUUCACUAUUUUUUUUAUAUUUAUACAGCUGUGAAUUUUUUGUCCUUUUGCAGAACUUGUUUAUAGAAGUUCCCGUUUGAAAGAACAAAAAAUGAGAAAUGUACAUAUAAAAAUUCGGACACCAACACAAUCAUGAAAAUUAUCUGUUGAAUAAAUUUUGCCUUUAAUGAAAUUAAGCUCACUGUGUGAUUGCAAUUAUAAUUGUCUUUACACACGCUUUUCAUAUUCAUUCACAAAGAAUUCAUUUAAUUCCCCCACUGGGAUAUUGCAAUGUCUUGGGGUGUUGUUUAGUAUUUAAAUGUAAAUCAUUAACAAACAAGACCUUAGUGGUUUCAAACCAACAAGCAUUUCUGUCUCAAACUAAAAAGCACUAUUAUUUAUAUGUGUUGCAAAUUAAUGUAUAAUGUAACAUCUCAGAAUUUCUAAAGACAAAACUUAUUGAUUCACUUCAUAUUAUCAAUAAUGCAUGUCAAGUAUAAACUUAAAGCAACGAUAGUGCAGCACUGUAUGUCAGGCUGGUAUCAAGUUGAUAUCAAGCGAAACCUUUAUGGAUGAUGUUGCAGUUCCUACUUUAAAAUUCUGUCAGUUGAGCUGUGGUGUUGAAUGUUAUUGUAAGUCCAUAAGAUGUGUUACCUAUGCAGAUAAAGAAGAAACAGAUACACUGUCUUGUAAUUUGAAAAUAAUAUAAAAUUUUAAGAAAUUAUGAGGAAAAAAUUAAAUGUCCUUUAAAAUAUAUGAUGUUUUCAACAGUUUUAUCACUGGUUACUGCAGUCUAGUCUCAAGGAAAUAGUGGCAAGAACAAGCUUUUGUAAAUUUAUAUCAAGCAUACUAUUUUAGUGUGGUAAAUUUGGUCAAUUGUCUUUAAAUUAAAAUGAAUCUUCCAAAUUUUUUUCAGCUGUGUACAAAUAGAUUAAGAACCCUCUCAUGUAUAUACUGUAAUGAAUUAUUUAUUUUGUAAAAAGGGCCUAAACUUUGAACAGAAAAUGCAUCUUAAAUGAAGGAGGUAAUUUAUCUAUCUUGUAUUAAUUUUUUCAUAUUAUGUGAUACCUGUCUAUUGAAUGCUCCUCAUUCUUAAAUUCUUAAACAGUUCUCUGGCUGAGGUGAACACAUUAUCUACAGAUGAGGGUCCUUUAAGAUGGGUACCUGUCAUAGAAAGUGUCAUACCAAUUAUUAUUCACCGGAAAAAGGUGAGUUUGCCAGAAUGUUAUUUAAUUAGCUUCAUGACAAUCUAGUCGCACAAAACAAUCCAUGCUUUGGAUCGAGUUGUGUAAGGAUUCUUGGGAAAUUUCUGUCUCUGUUUUUAAUAAUAAUACUUAAGUUCUUGAUGCAACAAAAGUGGAGGGCAACUAACAGAUUUUCUGAAACAAUCCAUGCACAAUAGUUAGUAGGUUAUUAAAAUUUUGGUAUUUGGUAUUGGGUAUGAUCGCUAAUGGAGACUGUUUCUCUGCCAGUCAUACAUUGUGAUAGCUGAGGUCAAAUUUGAUUUCAUGUUAAUUUUGAUUUAACCUUCAUGUGGGUUUAUUCUCAGUUUUCUUUGUCUCCUACCUAAGGUUAAAGAAUUUUAACCUGAAAUCAAUUUGACCAAUAUAACAUGUAAAAUUUAAACUUAUUGUUUUGUUAAUUUUUGCGGUAAUAUUCUUACCCUACUAAAUGUUGCAGUUCACCACAGCAGUAGCUAGUGCAUGCUGUCAUGAGGGGGGCGUAAGGGGGGUCCGAAAACCGCAAAACCGCACAGAAAUACGCCAAAAAACCGCAAACCGCAUCGGUUUUUUUCCCAAAUACCGAAACCGCGCGUACAUGUAGGCCACAAUAUGAAAGCUGACGUCAGCAAGACGUGUGAUAUAUUCUGAUAACAUUGUGCGUUAGUAUUAAACAUGCCAUCAUAACGCGAACGAUAUAUUGUACUACACUAUUAUACUCUGUUUACUACUAACCAAAUGCCGAGUAUGCUGGUCAUGUACUUGAACGAGUAUUGAUGUCUCCCUUGACUUUGAAAAACUCUGUCACUGAUCCUGUACGUCUUACAUUGCGUGACUGAUUACUUUGGACGACCCUGUGCUAUAAAGCACAGCUCCUCUGAAAUUCUCCCCUUCCUUUCCUUCUUCAUAGAAGAUUGCCACGCAAUCAAUUAUUACGUCCUCUUGCGAUCUCGACGACCUCAGCAUGCGCAUUGAAUCUGUCGUGAAUUGCAAACCACAGAAAACAAAACACUGCUUGCAAAACAACCGGCGACCGUUCUAAAAGUGAGACUUUUUUUUGCACCGAAAACCGCUACUUAAAGGUUGUCAAACCGCUUAGUCUUUUGAAACCGAUACCAUGAAAGUUAAACCCAGAAAACCCUUAUGCCCCCCUCUGUCACAGAAAACAAACUGGCAGCACAAAGAGACUGUUCUGAUAGACCCAGAAAAGGUGGAAUUAAUAAACAUUUAAAAACAAUUAAAUGAUGCCUGGGUUCCUGCGACAUUAAAUGUACCUAAGUAAAAUGGUAAUAAAUCAAGAUUUGAAAAAAAUAGAAUCAAGGACAGAUUGAACUAAUUGAGGGAUCUACAAUAUGAGCGUUUUAUAAAAAUUUGUUAAAUAAAUCUACUUUUAACAUUGAAUGAAUGAAUAAAUGAAUAAAUGAUUGAAUAAAUGAAUUAAUGACAUCAUAAUUAAUUAAUAUUUAUUUGAUUGCUCAUAUAGGUGGAUGAGGAAGAUGUGUUUCUUGUCACAGCACUGAUGAACAAUGAGGCUGUUUUCAGUGCAGAGAUAAACUUGAAAGGUUACUCAUGAAUAAAUUGUUUUUUUACACACAGAAAGAGAGUAGCAUUGUGGUAAAUUAAGCUCUGAAUAAUAAGCUGCAGUUGGAUGAAACAACCGGUUACUUCACCGAAAAACUUAGUCCUUCACCAUGACUGUGAUCAACUGAUCCAUUCUGCUUGCUGCUCUUUAUCUGUAAAGAGAAUCAACAGUUUUGAUGAACUUUAAGGCAAUGUGUCACUAAGUUCUAGCUUACUUAAAUGUAAUCAUUCUUAAUUCAUUUUCAGAAAUUCGGCUGAAAAAGACCUCAGAAUGUUUUGUCCAAUGGAGGAAUCGUAAAUCAAGUAAGUCUUAAAUUUAAUUAUUUAAUUAUAGUCUAGAUUAUAUGAAGUGACCAGUUAUAAGCUGUAUUCUAGUCUAAGAGUACUUAUCAAUGUUAAUUAUAUUGUAAUUGCCAGCCAAAACCACAUCUCUUAUUAAUGAGUUUGUGGUUAUUUUCAUUUAAAUACUGUUAACUGUAUUAAUUAGUUAAUUAAUUAACUGGUUGAUAAUUUAUUUAAUAAUUGUAGAGAACCAUGCCUGGGGACUCAACUUUGUUUCAGAAGAAGAAGCUCAGAAGUUCUUGGACUUUUGCUGUGUAUGUGAUAUUUUAAGUACAACAUAUGUUAGCUUUUGAAGUUUGAACACAGUAAGGACAUAUGUUUUGGGCUCUGGCAACAAACUCUCUAGAGUGUCAGAUGAUUUAAUCAAAGUGUAUUCGAAUGUCCCCACUACUUCUGAUAAACUCAAUGCCCUUGUUCUAAAUAUUCAUCACAGGCUGGACGUGUGCGUUCAGUGUCCAAUACAUCAUCGUCAGCUCCCUCAUCAUCCAGUCAUCCAAAGUCAAGUGUGCGUCAUCAUGAGACCAAGGUAAGGGCUUGAAUUGCAGGCAUUAUUCUCUUGAUUGUGUGACAAAUGUUAAUUGUACUUCAAACAUUGAAUACGCCUGUAAUGAAUUAUCAUGACUUUAAAGGUGGCAUAAUAUUGUCCUAACAUUUAAAAAAUAUGGAUCUGACAAUAUUAUAUUGUUGUUUUCUGGAUUUAGAUAAAUUGUGCCAGAAAAGAUAGCCAAGGGUCUGGUGAUGCACCAACCAUCCAGAUAAAUGACAUCGAAUUGAACCUCAAAUCAGCACACACUAAUGGUACCCUACACAAUGGUGGGGGAGACCACUACAACUCCAGCAGUACUCUUGAUGCCAUGGAAACACAAUGCAGCUCCAUCAGCUCACGCAGUAGUACCCCAAUAGCCAAUAAACCCAGCAAUGGUGAUCCAGGGGACAGUGGUUUUGGUAUGGAAGAUGUAAGCAGUGACUCAGUUGAACCCCACAGAGUGUCUCGCAUAUCUGCAUCUCAUGAGAAUGAACUCUCAGCACGCCUGUCUGUUGCUAGUGACUCAGAUUACUCUGUUAGUUCAAGAAGUAACUUGUCAGAUUUGGAUGACUCAGCUGAAUUGAGUUACUUCAAGAAUAUGGCAGACUUGAAUUCUAAUAAUUCUCCUGUGGUAAGAGAAUUCUUUUGUUUCAAGGGGGCUUGAGGUGGGUUUGGUAACAAAAGUGUACAUGUUCAACUGUUUGUGCACAUCAAGAUACAGUCUUCUAGAAAAUAAUGGUGAGGUAUUAUCUUCAUGAUCUUUAAAAAGCUUGUUUUGUUUAGGAUUCAUGCCUUAUUGCUGUUUGUUUUCAUUGUUAAUCUUACCCCUUUGGCUUGCUUUCUUAAGGCCUGUAAACAAUUGAGUGUUCAUAUGUGCGCUCACAAUCAUGGGUAUCAGUCUCCGGCACAGCUUUCAAUGACCACUACCUUGUGUAUCAUAUUUAUUUUAGGCUUGAAGUAAAAUCCAGCAUUUUGUUAACAUGUACAACAUUUAGUUUUCUAAGCACAGAUCACAUGAAGAUGAAUGUAGAGAUUACAAUUAAGUUAGGUACUUAAUUACCACUAACUUUUUUAAUGGUUAAUAUUUUGCAGGAAGUCAAUGCUUCAUUUCAUGGUUAUGCAGAUCUAGACCUGAACAGUAGCUGUGGAACAGAUGUAGAUGUGAAACCAAAGUCUGGUAUCGCUCAGUCUCGCCAGGGUGGGGCCACUCGCAAGGCAGGGUGGCUUUCUGUAAAGCACGUUCUUGUGAGAUUAAAGUCAAGCAAAGUGGAACUAGCUUCAGAUAGGAAGUGGCGUAAAUGUUGGGUUUCACUGAAAAAUGGUGCUCUGAAUUUUUAUUUUUGCAAUGAAAAGACUGUGAGUCCUCAAGACUUAGAUGAACCAAAUUUUUCUUUGGAGAUUGAUGGGUGCAUUGCACAGGCAGUUCCUGAACAUGCCAAGUUAGACCAUGUGUUUAGUGUCAGCUCCAGACUUGGUGAAGCAUACUUUUUCCAGGUAAAAUAGCCCAUAGUAAGUUUAGACUAGUAGUGUAAGAAGAAAUGGGUUAGAUGCCUUACCACAUGUACUCCUACUACCCAUGAUCAAUAGCUGACUACAAAACCUUAUAGACCAGGGGCCGGUUGCUCGAAGCCUGGUUAGGGCUAACCGUUGGUUAAGAGGUAUCAAAAUGUAUAGGUUUCCAUGGUAUUUAACACUGGUUAGCACUAACCAUGCUUCAAGCAACCCGGGCCUGUACAGUUAGUGUGAUGGCAUAUACCUAUUACUAAAAGUAGUAAUCAUUACUGACAGAAUGUUAAUUUCAGGGCAGCUAAAACCCCAAAAACAGUGGGGUCACCACACAAAUAGUAGCCGUUUAAAGUUUCUGUGAGACUGAUUGCAUGAGGUGUGUAAACACCAUUUAAGCAAUAGAAAACGUUUUCCGUGUUUGCAUGGCCUGAUAUAAACAUGAGAGGGGCUGGGAGAAUUCGAGACAGUUAUGCAAAGCCGAGACAAAGUUGAGGGUUUGUAUAACUGUUGAGAAUUCUCCCAAUGCCUCGAGUGUUUAUAUCAUGCUAUGCAAAUGCAGGGAAAAAGUUUUCUAUUGCUUUUAUAAAAUAACCUUCCCCAGAAAAAGACGCAAAACUCUUUGUAUGGCACUGAUUAAAAGAGAAAUUCUUACCAGUUGCAAAAUCUUGUCCACAAAGUCUUGCACGUGUAAUCAGUUCUUGUUUUGCAAAAAGAUGCUUUAAAAAAUAUGGAUUUUUCUCGCUUAAAAUGUCAGGUUAAGCGAAGAAAAAUUGACUCACCUUCUUUGUAACGAUUUUCCAUGUUUCAGCCGAUGAAGGAAUGGGUAAAUAAAGUAAACUUGUCGAGUUUUGAACUCGAAAACUUUUGAAAUUCGUGCUUGCGUGAUUAGCACGCUAAAAGCCAAGCACCUUGAUGCACAACCAUGUUUACAUACUCUCAUGCAAACACUCCUCUCGGCCAAUCAGAGCACGCAUACUAUCUUAGUUAUUUUGUAAAGUAUAAUAAUGCCACAAUGAAAUUACAAUGAAGUUUUGGUUUGUACACUGUGGGUGCUUACUAUUUGACAGAAAAAUCCGGUUGGGGUGAAAGCAUAAUGGUAAGCGAUUUACCAGUUUUACCGUAGAAAUACUACAUCUGUUCGUCGCUUUGAAUCCAAAUCAAGGGCAAAUUUGUGUAGCAUGAGUCUGGAACCGGGAAGGAACCGAGAAAUUGGCUGAUGGUAAGCAACAUUCCAUUUGGUUUGUACCAACGGAGAUGAAAGGACUACCUCAAAACCUACUCCUCAAUUUUCUGUUGAAAUUUCCGAAAAGUGACCUUACCAUUGACCUUGGCUUCCAUCCGGAAUUUCCGAAAUUUUCUAUCAGAUGGUAAGCACCCUGUAUGUCCAUGAAAAUUUUGAAAAUCUGGACAUAUACAGCUGUAAAUUGGUAGGCCUGGUUGUAGGGAUAAGGAUCAUACCAGCCCUGAAAUAUUUACAUAGAUCUAACUUUAUAUUAUAAUAAUAAUAAUAAUGAAUGUCUUUAUUGAAUAUUCAAGUAAAAAUACAUAUCUAUAUUUACAUGUUUAAUAUCAUUAGUUAAAAAGUAAAAGUAUAUUUAAAAUACAGUCUAUUAAUAAAACUAGCUUUAGAGCACUCCAUGUUAACACAGGGUAGUAGGCUUGUUUGAGUUCUCAGAUGUUUUGAUGAUUCUUUGACUCUGGGCAACAAAUAUUAUUAUACAGCAGAUGAGUAGAUAGGCAACUAAUCUUCUUGGAGAUUGACCGGUCUGUUUUUUCAAGCAGAUUGAUUCAUGUGUUGGUAACUUACUAUCCAAAUCACUAGACAUCCUACUAGUCCAAAAACUAGGGAAAAUCAUGACUGGGGAACUGAAUGUUGUAGAAUUAGGACAUGAUAUGAUUUUAAUUUAAAUCAGAUUCGAGUGUUUAGAUAUUGAUGAGGCAGUCAUAUGUAAUGUCAUGGAUGUGUGUCAGUGUUUCUCUGAAUAUUAAAAUGAUGUGUAUCACAUAAUCAUUCAAACUAUUAUGACAGGCAUCUAACCAAACUGACCUUGAGAACUGGAUAACAGCAAUUCAUUCCAUGGCUGCCUCAGUCGUGGCUGGUUCUGGACAGAAAGGAAAACAUGAAAUGGUACGCAUCCUCACCACUGAAAUAAAAAGAGUGGAAGCCAAAAUUUCUUCAGACUCUAAACUUAAGAAAAUGGCUGAGCUACAGUCCACUGUUGUUACUGAUUCAAAGAACAAACAAGCUUUCCUUGAUCAGGUAAGUCCAGUUAAGGCAUAAACACACCCUUGGCACUUCCGCUACAACUUAAAAUGGUUUAUGUCAAAGUGUUAGAUGAGAUGUACGUACAUACAUGAAGUUAGCACCUUGCUUGGACCAAAAAGAGUUUUCAGGGUUGUCUUAAAGGCUUGGUUUUUUUGGAUUUUGCCUGGAUUUUGAGAAUUUGAGCCUCAGCUAAUUUGGUUGAAGUAUGAUAAUUAUGUUGACAACACAAAUUUGUCAAAUCCCCCUUGCUGCUUCAAACAUGAGUGAAAAUAUCCAUUAGGUUUCAAAGAAAGAAAAAUGGCAACAUCGUGCUUAUUGAAGUGGAUAUUGCCUUGAUUGACUGAUGUUAAAAGUUGGGUAUUCCACAGAAGUGUCAUUGCUUGAGCAAAGUAUAAUCAUGGUUGUUACUGGUAAUUUGCCCUUUAUUAUCUACUUACACAUCAGGUCUGAUAAAACCAUAUUUUCUUGUAAGACUUGUCAUAUUAACUUUUUCAUUAGUCCUUUCAACAAUAAAGUUGCUAACUUUUCUUCAGAUGAAAAUGAGAGAGAGUCAUUUCAGAGACCUUCCACCAAAGCUAAAUAAAGCUAAAUAACACUAACCAAUACAAUGCAUUUUCAGAUUUCAAAGUGGGACAAAAACUUAGAGCACCUGAAUAUUGACUUGUAUCGGCUUCAGUGCUACAUAGCAGCAAUUCGUGGAAGUCAUCUGCCAAAUCCUCAAACCUUGCUAGCCUGUGUUUCUAGAAGCACCAAACAGACUCUCUCCAGAUUGAACAUUUUCUCUGUUAUGUCUUUCCAUGCUGUGGUCAGUGCUAGAGAUCCUAACACUGAGGAGGAAGUGAAGACAAGAAAUAAAGCUAAGCGGUCAGCAAGCUCUGUCGGCAAGCUGAAAAGUGCAUUACUAACUUCAUUAAGAAUUAAUGAUGCUGCUAGUGUCAAGUCUAUUAGAGAUCGGUACUCAGGAGGAAAAGGGUCUGGAGGAACUCCAAGGGUGAAACGGUGAGAGCAAUGAUUAUACUUACAGAAUCUCAAAAUGUGUACUAGUUAAGAUCAUUUUGAAAUUUUUUCCUAUUUAAGAUUAUAACUCCUAAAAAUGGGAAACUGACAAAAAUAAAAUGUACAAACAUGCUCCUUUGUGGACCUUUUGUGUCACUGGUUGCAGGAUUUAAGGUGUCACUUGAUCAAAAACUGCAGCUGAAUUUUCAAUUUCAGAUGUGAUUUGUUGGCACACUUUAAGCAUGAAUUGUUUUGACUUAUCACCAAAUAUAUUAAACUGUUUGCAGGCAAACCAACUUAGACAGCAUCCAGGAUGACAUUCUAGAGGAAGAGGGUACAAUACAGGUGGAGAGUGCUUCAUUGUCAUCAAGCCACUCAGACUGGAAAAGCAUGGGGAACUUCUUACGUAUUAGCUUAGAUAACAACCAAAGCACAGUUAUACCUUUACAUAAUGAGAUGACUGUUCUAGAAGUGGUGGAAAACACUUGUAGCAAACGUCAACUAGAGCCAGAGGCAUACUUUCUCAAACUUGGCGUUGAAGAUUCCUCUGGUUCAACAGGUGAUUCUUUUUGCAUGUAGACCAUGUUAUGGCAAGAUUAUUUCUCACUCUUUAACUUUAUUGCUUUAACACUUAGAUGAAACCUGUUUGGCAGAACUUUUGCACAGAACUACAGUAUUUAUUUCUUAAGGAUUUUCACUGAGGAAUUUGAUUUUUUUUGUGAAUUUCUUUGCCCAAGUUGGCAAGAUAGGCACAGUUUGCCUCCUAAGGUAGCUGGGUAGGUUGCAGGGUUUGCUAUAUUUUGCCUGUUUGUGGAACCAGCCAUAUACAUGUAAUAUAUGUUAAUGAAAAAGUUAUGUAUUUAAAUUAAGCAUUAACUUGCAGUUGUUCUGUUACAUUGCAUGACUUUUACCACUCAACAAUUCUUGAAUUAACUCCUACAUUUAAAAAAAAAAUGGAAAAAAUCUUACAUUUAUAAGGCGAAAAACAUACGGCUAUUUCAAAUAAUCAUGUAAAGUUCCAAGGUAUAUUUUUUUAUGAAGAAGACUAAAGUAGUUCACAGGAUGUUGCCAAAAUGACCAGCUGCCAUGUGAAAAGAAAAACCAUGCAUAUUAUUGUUUUUAUUUACAGGACAAAAAAUAUAACACUGAAUUCUAUAUUCGUUAACUCUAGGAGUGAAAGGCAUGUCCUUAUAUGAAAUUUAUGUGUGUUGUGGACAGUAUUUGUCUAUUUUUCCAAAUUUGUAUACAUAAUAAUCUAAAUAACCUUGUUUUCCAGAAUAUAUCACUCCUUUGCAAGAUUCUCUGUUAGAAGAUCAUGUAAGUUUUACAAAUAUUAUUGAGAUAAUAUCUAUUGCAUGUUUAAUUAUAAUUUUAUUUAUUUACAUACUUCAUGAUCUUGGUUGAUUUUAAGUACUGAACUUGGAAGUUAUUAUAGAAUUUUUUUGUUUUGAAAUUUGUGUUGAGAAUAAUAGAUACAUGGAUUGACGUAACCUAUAUGUCAAAAAACUGAUUUUAUCCAAUUUUAUCCAAAAGAGGCCCUUAUGCAUUAGUUACAUGUAGGUAUUAGGGUAAAUGUACCUUAAAUCUAUUUCUUUUUCUUAACAGAAAUACAGCUCUCUAAAACUCUGCCAGAAAUGUGUGUUUACUGUUGAACUAGCACGCUCUAUGGAAAUUGACAGAUUAGACUUUGGUGGGUAAACCUUACUUUAAGACUUUUGAUUUGUUUGUAGCUUCAGUUAUUUCCUUAAAAGUGUUGAUCUGAUUAGGCAAUAGUGUUCUUAACAGAUGCAAGGUCAUAUGUCUACUUCAUAUUGAGUCCAUUAUUGAAAUUGAAAUUUUUGAAACUAAAGAAUGAGAUCCGGGAAUCAUACUUAAUUUUGAAUUGUAAAACUCAUCUACUUGUAUUAAAAUGUUGUCAGGUUUAUCAGUGGAAGGUAAGGGGGAAGGAAUUGUGGUCAGUGCUGUAGAAGAAGGACGACUGGCGCAUGUUCAAGGUAAUAAAUGAUUGUGUCCGUGAACUCUUUUUGGGUUCAUCACUCAUGCCAAAACAGCUAUAAGCUGGCAUGCCACUGUCUUGUGUGACAUUAUAUAGUCAUGGAUUAUUUGCAAUAUACAGUCUUAAUUUAAAAUCUAUGUGAUGGACAUUAGUGGUGGUACAGUAUGAUGUAACCAUGGUUGAAAUUGAAUCAUUGCCUGCUGUUUAUGAAGAAUUAGCCAGGAUAUUAAAGCCAAUCAGAAAAUUAUGGAGAAAUAUUAAUUUUAUAAGAAUAAAGAAACAUUCUUUUAUAUUUGGAUAAUAAAUCCUCUGAUAAUGAGAUCAAUAAAUUGCAGCUAUUUUUAUCUUAAAGGUGUGAUGGCAGGAGAUGAAAUUCUUUCAGUAAAUGACAUUGAAGUUACAGAAGUUGAAAAUGCAGUUGAAGACCUCAGAGAAGCUCUUAAGGGUAAAUCAGGAAUUCGUUUAGUUUUAACUAGCUUUUGAAAAAGAAAAAAUAGCAACAGUAUGCUAGAACACAGGCUUUUACACAGAGUUGAAAUGAUCUUUUACACAUUGCAUAAUUGCGCUAAAUUUGCAAUCGAAAAAAGUACGGUCGGCAGCUUUGAUAAACAAAACAAAUUUAAACCGUGUUUUAAACUAAAUAUCUUUACAACCUUUUACUUGUUUAAGCUUUGGUAUGAAUGGGGCAUAAGUUGGGGGAUAUGUCAGCAAUAUAACUGUUUUACUUGGUUAUUCUAACUGCUAAAUCCAUUUUGUUUGUUUUUCUUUCAAAAUUCAUUGUCACUCAUUUGCAAAUUUAUCCUGGUUAUAGACCCUUCAAUUACCCUAUUGCUGCGAUCAUGUCGCGAUGAGCCUCCUGUUGUCAGCAAAGUAACUUCAGAUGCCAUUAUUUCAAGUCUUGUGGUACAGCCGCCACCUAAAAUUAGGUAAGCAUAAUCAUAUCAGUUACCAUCAGUAAAUUUUGUACAAUAAAAGUCAAAAUUUAAAACCAAGUGGAGUAGGCCAUUUCUGAGUUCCAAAAUUUAUCACUUUAGCUAAAAUGAUCCAUACCUGGGUCAGUACAAGAAAUUACUUCGAAUACCAUUAAGCUUAUUUCAUGUUUGAUUUUUUUCGUGUUAUAUUUACAGUGAUAAUAUUGCUGAGCAAGAUUUGAGUGAUCUCAUAGUGCCUCCCCCUCAAUGUGAGUAACUCUGUAAUAAAGCUUCUUCAGUACUCUUAAGCAGUGGUGGCAUGAACUUGUAUGUUUUACGGCUAAACUGUAUUAGUUUGCCUUCACUAGUUAAAAAUCUACCAAUGCUUCGUCUUAGGUAAUUAUUCAUUUAUGCCCUGUGUUUCUGUCAGACGUAGAUGUAGCUUCUAAAAAUCUAGCUCCAUUGGCACACAGGCUAAAACACGAGAAAAAGCUGUUAAGUUCAGGUUUAAUGAAAACGAUUUUCGGUUACUUCUGGGUUACUUCUGUAGGUAGUGAGGGACAGAUUACGUACAACAAAAGGAACAAGACAACCAAGCAAUGAAGCUCCCAGGGAUCCCAGGAGAACUCCAUUGCUUGGUUCCUUCGGUUCUUUUGUGAUGACGGUACCCGCGGAACCGAUUUUCUUCAUUCACGCAUACCCAAUUAUUUUUGUCAAACUGCGAUUCAGCCUAAAAAGUCGAGCUUCAGUGUAUCAUACUUUAUAACUGUUAAUUUUUUGUUUGUAGCGUAUGUUGAGGAUUCAGUGGACAGCUCAAGUAUUGUUACAAAUCAGCUAGAAGAACCUACCAGCCCUUUGGAUAGCUCAACCAAGAGCGUCGACGAGCUCCUUCAGGUUUUUAUGACUCUUUUAUCUUGCUUUGUUUUGCGUAUGCUUACAUGAGGUAUAUGGCUGCAAGCGCUUCAUGUAUGAUAUGUUCUUUGUUUUGUUGUUUUUGCUUGUUUGUUUAAUUUUUCUAUGUGUGGAUUUGUACAAGUUCGUUUUGAAACAAAAUUAAUAAAUUUUUCAUAAUUCAGCACAUUUUUCAAGGCUUCAUAAUCAUGUUACCCUGCGAGCAUUGGUUUUUCUAGGCGGGAUAGUGUUCUGCCUAGAGAAAUUUGCGCUCCCAGGGUAAUUCAUGUCAGUCUUGAUUGUUUGUUUGUGUGUUUACUCGUAGAGUGCCGAGCAGGUGACGCUGUUUUGCAGACAACAGGUUGAGUAUUCAGAUGACGAUCAGGAACCUAAGCCAAGUGUUCAACUAAGCAAUGCACAGAAACUUCGUAAAGUUAUCGUUGAACUUGUGGAUACGGAAAGAUCAUAUGUGAAGGUAAGCUUAGAAUGAAAAAUCUCGAGAAAACGUCCGUGUUGCUGAAGCUCACAAACACGGAAAAGCGGUAAGACUGGCCCACAAGUGAAGAUGAGCUUAAGAGAGUUUUUUCUUUUAUGCCUGAAGAUAGGAAACGUAAACCGCUAAUGGAGGACUUGAUAAAAAUAACCCCGAAACAUUUACUGACCUUUUUUUAGAGUCCGGAGCGAGAAACAUUGCCAACUCCAAAAGAAAGACGUUUUUAAAUAUUUUGAUACCAGUCCAAGGCACAAAAGAAAAUAAACCUCAAGGAAAAAAAUGCCAAAUACUUUCCACGUAGUUUAGUUUCACUUGGCAGUCUUGAGCGCGCGAAAGCAAGCUUAUGUAAACAAGUUACUUUGGGAGACAAUAUUCACCACGUGCGAAGAGGGCGGGUGAGACUUAAAGACUGGCAGGUAGACGAGGUAAACAUUGUUGUGAAAUCAUGAAAUGCUUUAACAGAUGCCUACCCUGCGAACAGAGUCUCCGUCGAUCUUGCUUCCUCUUUCCCGACUUAUCUAGGAAAGAUCGAAGCGACUCUGCUAGCUGGGUAACAGAUGCCCUAUCCCUAAAAGAGACUUUUAGAACGCUUAAAGUUUAGGGAUGGGGAAUGUUAAGGCAUUUCACAACAAUGUUUACCUCGUUUACCUCCCUCUGCGUCCGUGGUAAAUUGUCUUGAUAAGCGCGGGAAAAUGAUGGAAAAUCGUAACCCGUGGAGCUCCGUGGCGCACUGCACAUCCUUUUAUAAAUACUGUAUUUUUUUUCUAUUGAACGUCUUUAGGAUCUGAGGCUCUUGCUAAAACGUUACCUCGACCCGAUGAAGGAUGAAAACUUUAUGUCACAAUCAGAGGUCUGUAAUUCUUUAUGAAUUGCCUUAUUUUUAAUAUUUUUUGGGUCAUGGCAACUUCAUCGAUCAUUUGAUUGUCUUUUUCAUGUUUUUUAGGUUCAGGCUUUGGUGGCAACUGUACACGAAAUCUUAGAUUUUCAAGUAAAAUUUCUCAAAGAAAUUGAAAGAUCUGUUGAAUCAGAGACUGGUUUUGAUGAGUUCAGUGCCGUCGAACAAUUCCAGGUACGGAGUUGUUUCCUAGUACAACUAGCUAAUGCGGUUCAAUCAGACCUGUUACCAUCCCCUACGGGAAACCCCCGGGACAAGUCCAGCUUUUCGGCCUCGGGAAUGAGGAAUUGUUUGAAGCAGUCCUGCCCCGGGGGUAGGGGGUGGGGCAAAUCAAAAAUAACUUCUCUCAAGAUCCAUAUUAUGGCUCUUGCUUCUCUUGAUUUUCAAAAUUUUUUAUUUGAGUUUGUUGCCCGGUUUGCAUGAUGGCUGCGGACCUUAAGACAACAUAUUUUUAAGGGCAAAUGCAGGAAUUUGUCGAAUAGUGGCUGGAGAGGAAUGACCUAUCAAAAUUUAAGUCUGUGUUUGAAGGUAUGUUUCAAAACGUCCAACGAAUGGCUCUUGAUAAUCAUAUAGAUAAACAGAGAUUCAGUCCAGUGUUCUUAUGACGUGUUCUAUCAUAUCAAGAAGGCGCUUUGGGGUUUUUUCUUCGCGCUUUUUCGUUUUCAAAUUUUAUUCUCCAUGUUUUACCCAGAUUAUACACGUCCUACCCUUCUCUAAAUAAACUCUAAAAAACGUUGAUAAAAGUUAUGAAAACUUCUCGUUUUGCUAUUGUACGGAAAUUAAUAAUAUUAUUAUUGAUCUCAAAAAGAUGUACCCAAAAAUACGAAUAUGAGGUCGAUCAGGAGCUCAGGGGUGGGGAAUUGUCUCUUUUUGCGUGCCUUGGGGUGGGGAACAGACCACCAAGAAAGAAAAAAAUUUCAAAUCCCCGGGGGUAUGCCCGGGGGGGGGGGUAUAGUAACAGGUCAGAUUGAACCAUGCAUAAAUAGGGCCUGCGAUAAAUUUCCAACACAAGCUGUUAAUAGAACUUUCCAAAUUUGUAAUGCAAUCAAGAUUGUUUCUCCUCGAAAAACCCUCUUUAUCUUACUGUCUUGAUAAAUGCAUGAAUUUAGGACAAUUCCCUUAUAGCCGUCAAAAAGUGAAAUCCGAAACGUGUGAAGUAUGAACGAAUGAUGCCUCGAGGCAACUGUUUUCCUUUUAUGUUUAAAAGCUGUCAUUUUGAUUGAAAUACUGUUUUUAUCUCUUGUUUCUCGCCAGAAUGUUAUUUAUACCCUUGGAGAGACAUUUUUCAAUUAUACUGAACAUUUUAAGUUGUACAGUGCAUUCUGUUCCAGUCAUUCAAGAGUAGUAGAGCUACUUCAGUCAGGUAAGCUUAUCUCAGCCGAGUUGCAUGUACAAAAGUAAUGAAAUAACUUUGAAAUCGCAGUGAACCGCCAAUAAGGGCUUCCAACAAUACAUGAAUACUUGGUUGUUUACCAUUUAGCUCCAUUUAGCCGCCGGGUUUGCAAAGCGCGAGCAAGGCAAUAGACUAAGUACAAAUGAAAACCGUGGUUUUUGCAGAAGAUUAAUUUAUGUUUUACUCCGUUUUUGCAAGGCUAGUUUUAUGAUUGACUACCAAAGCUCGUGAGAAAAUACAAGUGACUCGUGGGAUAUUCCAUGGUAUAUCACUCGAAAGCGUUGCAUAACUAGUAUAUACAUGUUCUACUUUAAAUGUGUUUUGACGACUUUUAGCCUGUUCCAACCGUUGAGAUGGUGGGGACGGUGCAGAGACGUGAUAAACAGCCAGGGGAUGGGUGGGGUGACGUGGUGAGAGUGAAGGAACGCGUUCAUUUAUCUUUCCCACUCAUCUCGUUCUCCUCAUUUUGGAUGAUUAUACGUUUCUGGGAAACUGCCCACCUACCCCUCCCCUAAGCCAACAUUAACACUUACUUCUCAGUUAGGGCAAAAUGUUGGCUUAGGGGAGGAGUAGGUGGGCAGAUUCCCAGAAACAGAUAAUGACCCCUUUUUUCCCGCUCUCCGACUUCUGCCGCACUCCAAUCGGGCUGAACACCUGGAACAGGCUAAAAGACUUUCAACUCAAACCGCGCUAUCCUUGCCGGCAUAUUAGAACUUGGAAUACCAAAACUCCUUUCUUGUCUUUUUUUUGUUCAGGUUCAAAUGUCGCACUACAAGAGUUUCUUCAUGCCCGUAAUCCGAAAAACCAGCAUUCAGGAACGCUAGAGUCGUAUCUUAUUAAACCAAUUCAGGUAAAUGUACUUGCUUUACAAGAAAAUAACGUAACACUUAUCGUAGCUUACUGAGACGUUUAGGGCAUUGGGUGGUCUUUCUAAGAUUUUUACUGAUAUGAUAUUGGCAACAGCCACGUCACAGCAUAUGAAUGCAAUAAUUAAUAAUUAUACAUCCAUACAAAUACAAAAUAAAAGAUGUAAUUUCGAAAAUAAUUUAGAGCAUAAUACAAGAGCCAAUAUACUAUUUUAUUUAUGUAUCUAUUUGUAUUUAUUUUGCAGCGUAUUUUAAGAUAUCCUUUAUUGUUGAGAACGAUCCUAAAGCUUUUGGAUGGCAACAGCGAAGAGCAUCAUUGCCUUCUAGGUAAGUAACAAAUGAGUCACUUUUUGUUUUGUUUGUUUGUUUACUUUAGUUUUACUAUGUUAAGCCCAGAAGGCAACGUUGGUCAGUAAGGCUGAAUUUUUCACAAAUAUAAGUUUUCCGCAUAGUUUACUUCUGUAAAGGCUUAAUUAAGUUUAAUCCGCGCUACUGCUUCGUAUAUUCUUGACAGAAACGUUCCUAACGUUUUCGGAUCAAUGGCGAAGAGCCCACUGCUCUCCUGCAUACACUAAAUUGCAAAAAUUGAUUCCCAUCUGAAUGGGCCCCCUCACUCUGAAAGUGAGGCUAAGUGCACAGCCUGUCUUGUGAACUGAAAAUGAGUCUUAUUUGCAUGAGAAUAAAAAAUCACUUCCAUAUCAAAGGCGGAGCACUUAACCUCGUUUUGAUACAGAGGCCCGGGGGGAACUCGAAAAAGGCCUAUUGUUCUUAACCGCGGCAGGAUUACCUCAGUCGGUAUAGCCCUUGACGUUCAUCAGAGCGAGAGGUCACGGGUUCGAUUCCCGGGUCCGGAUCGAUACUCGGGGUCUUAAAAUAACUGAGAAAUGAAGGUAGGUGCCUUUGCCGACCUUUGCGUAGACUACGAGUAGUCCCCCAUUUUUCCUCAUGGAUAGUAUCUGGAGCGAGCGAAACGCGAGCGCGCGUGAAAAUCACCCCACGCGAGGAAAGGCGACUCGCGGGCCUAUUCUCGCGUGGGGUGAUUUUCACGCGCGUUCGCGUUUCGCUCACUCUACUAUCCCUGAUAGGGGACUACUCGUUUAGGAGACGUAAAAAUAGUGUCCUCAUUUAGUACUUGCGUGCUAAAUGCAUUGACACUAAAAUAAAGUGCUUUUUCCCCCCUUUUUUGCCUUAAAUAAUCAUUGCGCACAAGAGAGGAUAAAGGGGACAGAGAAGGCAUUUCCCAUACACACCCUAUUCCAUAGGUAAUUCGUCUCGAGUUAUUUUUAGAAUCGGGAUAAAGUUACCUCGCGCGCUGCGUGGAUGUUUCGUGGAGGUUUCGCAUGACUAAACGUCGGUGCAAAACAUGUCGGGCGAAAGGCAAUAAAAGCGUAAAGAGAUCGAGAGCAUUCCUGAAUAUUGAAGCGAAAUUAGUCGGCGCUCACCUGGGAAAAGGGGAUCGCUCCAUCUCUUCUUCCGAAAGACCCUUGUUCCGUUUAUUUGAUUUCUUCGGCGCCUUUUUGCUUCAUUUGAUGACGGUCGAACUCGAAGGCGCAGGUUUAGGCUUCCCUGCACUUUUCCUCCUCUUCGCUUCAUCUGCUGAACUAUCAUCGGAAUAGGAGCUUUCUACCGAUUCUUGUCUUUCCUUAGCACUCUCCGUUUCGGUUACAGCUUCCUCCUCGCUUGCACUGACUUUUUCAUCUUCUUCACUAGAACUCUCAGCUUCGCUCGAAUCAACAUCGUAACAAUGUUUAGAAACAAGCCAGGAAAGGGCGAUUCUUUUUUAAUUUCCGUUUCGCUGUCACAGCUUAGCAGAAAUCUCUCUGUAGUCGUUUUCGUCGACAAAACGAAUAGCAAUAUCGCUGUCCGCGUCUGCCGCCAUUUUGUUCUCCGUCAAUUCGUGAAGGACGCGUGGCUCUGAGCGUGGGUCAUCCACGCGGAACACAUUCGCGCUAUGUGAUUGGCUGUUGUCUAAUCCCCCGUGGGAUCUGUGGUCUUAAAAAUAACUCGAGACGAAUUACCUAUGGAAUAAGGUGUGUAUGGCGGAUGCCUUUCUCUCUUCCCUUUAUCCUCUCUUGUUGCGCAUUAAUACUUAAAAAACGUGAUUUUUAUUUAUGUAUUUGCAAUUUUUUAGACGCUGUGGUCGCAAUCGAGAAAGUUGCUGAGCAUAUUAACGAGAUGCAGAGGAUCACAGAACAGUUUUCGCCUGUUUUUCACCAGUUAGUUGUGGAAUAUGGAGGAUUUGAGGUAAUACUGAGUAGAUUCUGGCGAUCACUUUGCAGUAGUCCUAUUUCGAUAUUUUAAAAUCCAUAUUUGGAACUGAGGCUUAAGCGAAUAACACAAGAGAAAUCACACUGAGGUUUAGGGAAUAAUUCUUAACUUGUUUCUUUGUUUGUUUGUUUGUUUGCUCUUUUCCCCUAAACCUUGGAGCCAGCUACGAACUUUAACAUACCGAAAUGGGCCCUUUUGACGUAGGAAAAUGUUGCAAAUUAUUUAAUUGUGUAUCUUAUAUCGAACACGACUUAUGUAACAUUCGCCCUAGUAAUGUUAAUUCACUUUUAUAAAGGUCAAAGUAAUUGAAUUAGCUGCAAAAAAGUUCUUCUUUACUGUGUCAAGUUGCAUGAGUCUCAGUGGCUUCUUAUUACCUUAAAUAGACCCUUACACGGUUUUUUCAACUUUUGAUAAAGAGUAGUAGGCGCGGGAAUAUCCAUUGACAUUACUGGAAAGAGGGCCUUAAAAUUAAAGUAACUUACCAAGUUCCAAAAAGAGCGAAGAUAUUGCCCCUGAAAGUUGUGAAAUUGUAUUUUUUCUUUGUAUGGUGGGGGGCACAAACUUACCGCCCCCUCCCCCCUCCCCUCCCCUCCCCUCCCCUCCACCAUACAAACGUCUGUUAGUUUUAAACAAAUGACUUUAAAACUUGGCAACUUUACUGAUUUUAAGGCAUUCUUUUCAGCCAUGUUGACGUAUUUUCGCUAACUGGUUUCAGUCAAAAGUUGAAAAAACCGUGUAAGGGUCUAUUUUAGUCAUAAAAAUGGCACGAAAUUCAAAAAAUGGUAAAAACGUAGUACUGUCUUUGUAUUUGUAGCUUUCUGACGUAAGUAUUGACCGCCUGUUACAUCAUGGCAAAGCACAGUGGCUAAAUUGCCCCGAGGAAGUGUUGCGUAGUGGAACUCUUAAGCGGUACCCAGUCUCUCCCAAAAUCGGUAAAAAGAUGACACCAGGAACCAUGCAUCUGUUUGGUAAGAAAACAUAAAAUCUCGAAUUAUUUCCUAGUACAAUACGUAUAGUUUAACCCUUAAAGCUUCAAUACCAAUUCUCCAGAGUGAUCUCCAUUCAUUUCAAUAAAGAGGAGCAAGGCAUGGCGCAGCGGUGAGAGCACUCGCCUCCUACCAAUGUCGUCCGGGUUCAAAUCCCGGCGUCGACUCCAAAUCUGAGGGGUCGAGUUUGUUGUUGGUUCUCUCCUUUGCUCCGAGAGGUUUUUCUCCAGGUACUCCGGUUUUCCGCUCUCCUCAAAAACCAACACUUCCAAAUUCCAAUUAGACCAGGAAUCAGGUAGACGAAGAACCAGUUUGUGGAUGUGCUACCUCCAAAUCAUUAUUUAUUAUUGAUUAGAAUUUGUUUGAGAAAGGUCAAAGCAUUUUUCCUUUGGUGUCAAUGAUCGCUUUAUCAAUUCUCAUAACCUUUUCUGUUGAUUGUGUAUUGAUACUGUUAGGUGAAAAUUGAUGUUGGUCCCUUUUGGGACCUAAAGGGUUAAUGGACAGGGGUGUUUUAAGAUCUGAAACUGCUACAGCCUGUUACAAUAUACAGCUCUUGGUUGACGUCUUAAGAAAAUCGGAGCUAAAAAUUCAUGUUUCUUACUGACGUUAAUUUCUUUUCUAUUUUCUGUAAAUACCUUAUUUUGAAUAGAUGAAGUUAAUAUACGAGAGUUUUCUCAUAGAAUGAAAACUACAUCUUCGUUUUUCACGAAAUUUCGGCAAUUUUGUAAACGUUCGUGCAUAUCGGUAGUAGAUGAUAAUAUGAGGAAAUGAUGUUGAUACCAAAGAAAUGAAAAUGCACUGAAAAUUAUUCACACCAAAACGCAGAUAGUUCGCUCCCUUAUUUUAGAUCGUCUGACUCGCUGGACUGGCGUAACUUUGAAUGUCCGUCUUUUUUACUCAGUGUUCGAGAAAGUUCUGAUUCUGCUUUAUGUGGAGAGGAAACACAAAAAGAAAGAUAAAGAUCGGGUAAGUUUGAUUAGUGAACUUUGAUACGGUUUUCCUCCCGUUUUAUUGGUUACCUUUAAUUUUUUUUUCUAUUUUUCCUGAUAAUAUUCUUCUUUUGAUAUAUUCUUCUUUUUUAUCAGCCAACCUCGGUAAAGGUUGUAGACGAAAUCAAAUUUAAAACAAUUAUCCCUGCCUCCUCGCUUGUUAUACGGGAUCACUGCUGGUUAACUGACGGUAUGUCUCUUUUUUCUUCUUUUCCUAUAUCUUUUUCUCAGUUUAUCUAUUUGUUUUGUUUGCAUAUUUGUUGCCAAUACACCAUGUCCAUGAAAUUCCACGGCUGUUGUUGUCUGUUGUUAUCCCAUGCAGAGAUUCCUAGAGGUUCCUCAGGCAUUCCUUCGCUAUACAAAACCCCAAAGAGCGUUUGAGUGGGAGGCUACCCAGUUAUUGUGUCUUAUAUGGAAAACAUUCUUUUCGUUGUGUGUUUGUUUAUUUUCUUCAGUUGAAAGCACGGGUUUCUCUAAGGUUAGGCAUUGCAGUGAUUCUUAUGUCAAGAGCAAGGAAAUAAAAACCCUCAGCCAAAUUUGCCUUUAUCGGCCCAUUUCUAAACGAAACGGUAAAACAUUACGUAAAGAUAGAAUUGCACCAGAAUACUGGGUCUAAAUAUGUUGUAAAACUUUGUAAUCUUCAUCUGUCCUGCUCUUACGAGUUUUUAUUGUUCAUCUUUACAGAGACAUUUCAUUCGUGGGAACUUGUAAACAUCAGUGAUACAGAAGAGAUUGGUCGACAGGAAUGUAAUUACCUCUUUGCGAACAAGUAAGACAUCUUUUGAUUCUUGUUAUUCUUUGUUUGUUCAGUUUGUCUCCCACUUCAAGUAGAAAUUUGAAACUUACUAUUGUAAAGAAGAGAAUUAUGGCAGGCGAACUACCACUACAAGUAUACAGUAAAUCUUUCCUCAGUGCGGGAAUUUUUUUCUUAGGUGUAAUUCAAAUCUUUCCCAGGAUCUGAAAGACUAAAGGGGCUCACAGUGUCACGGCUCUCUUGUUCGUUGUAUUAAUAAUGCCAAUUACGCCUCGUUAUUCGCUGUGGAACUUGAGAUAUUACUUGUGAAUGGAAAUUUUUGAGCUUCGUGUCACACAGAUUUUUUCCCAAGUAUUAUAUCAAACGUUACAAACAACAAAAGUAAAGUUUUCUGACAGUGAAAAACCACAAUUGCAGUCCGUUUCAAUCUUCUUCAACUUUUGUCUAUCCGUGCCUCCUUUUGUCUUUGCUUAUUAUUCAAACCUUCUUUUAAUCUUCAAAGCAGUUAUUUUAAUGUUUCACUCAAUUUGGUGGCUGUUAUUAUGUUUGAAUUUUGAUAAAUUUCGUGACACCUCUUCUUUAAUGCAACAAAGACAUGUUACUUCAUUUUAUAUUAAUUGAGACCAAACCAAAUUGGAAUUGCAAACCUUUUCCUGGCAUUUUGAUAUUCACAAGAGGACACUUAUUUGAAGUCCGUCCUCCCUCUAAGAGUAUUUAUUGCCGAUCUUUUUAUGUAAGGAAAUUUCUCUAAACGUAGCUUUGCUCUGAAUUGUUUUGACAGAACUGCCGAGGAGAAACGAGAUUUAGUAAAAUACAUCAAAGAUUCGAUAAAACGAAGCAUGAAAGCUGGUUCUUUAUCGGUCGCGUCUUCUCAGAGGUCAUCAAGCUUCCGGCGUAACAAUGCUGAAGACCGGCUGAAUUCCUCGGACCCAAGUCCUUUCUUGCGUAACAAUAAUGACACUGCUCCUUUUUUCCGACGAUCGUUCAGCCACGAUCCCGAAGGAAUUCUUAGGCGGAGAUCUUCACUUGAAAGCGAUGCUACUCAUAGUUCGGUGGAUACUACUGGAGAUACUGAAACCAUUGUGAGUGGAACGCCGCGCGAGAGAAGGAUAAGCUUAAAGAAGAAGAACAAAGCUGUCUCUCCAAUGGGAUUAGAAAGUAGUCAAAUUCAUAUAAUUUAGGUCUCUUAACCCUUUUAGUUCUAAUAAUGUCAGAGUUGUUUCUCGGCUCUUCCACUUUUCAAGCUCUAGCUUGCGAGCAAGCUCUCCCGCAUUAGGGGAAGUCGCGAGAGGUCACGCGAGAGCAGCACGCGAAAGUAGACGCGAGUGCGAGGGGUGCCGAGAGCUUGCUCGAAGGCUAUUCAAACUCGAGACAUUUCAGCUUUGAUGACCGUCGUAUUAUAAGAAGAAACUAGGUUUUAUUAUUUAUUAAAACUUAAAGGGUUAACCGUUAUACAUAUCCUUUCUUUUUAAAACUAAGGAAAGGGGCUCUAGGCUGAUUAAGUUAAUUGUGUGAAGAAAUGAAAUUGCUUUAACUUUUAGCUGGCGAGAAAGCUCUCUAUUUAAAUAUCGCGAUAGGCAAAGUUCGCAUUUCAGGCUUGAACUUUAGCCUCCGCCUAUUUCCCUGUCGUAAACGUUCGUUGCCUUUUUUAACUGUCGAUUACGCCAUUUUUAGUCAUGAUAGAUGUAAUUUUUUCUUUGGAUUAAGUUACAAUAGGGCAAAAAAUACAUUUUUAAAUAGUCUCUGAAAAACGUAACCUGCGAUCAGGCGGUCCUUCUUCCCCGAAGAAAAAACGCCUGAUCGCAGGUUAUGAAAAACGAAGAUUAUAAGCCCGAGUUGAGUUUACUUCAAAAGUUAUACAAAGGGUCUGAGUCACCUUUUAUAGAUGUAUCAGCUAUGAAAAACAGUUUAUAAGAAUACAAUUUUGGCAAUUUUGGCCGGGUUGAUAUGGUAGCGUAGAAGUAAAAGAGAAUGUAUCAUACGAAAGGCCACAAAUGGAAACGAUCAUUUACGAAAGGGAAAUCCCUUCUGCUCCCACGAUUUCCAAGUAGAAAGUUGCAAGUGAGCUGGCGGGCUUUUAGAUUUCGAAGACAUCGUGACAAACUCUUGCUGCGCUGUCUUCUACAUCUUUCCCUUCGAUCUCCCAGCCCUACGUUUUAUUCCGUUACUAUCAGCCCAAAGCGGUCUCGCGUGUUAUGCUAGUUGUGUUUUGAUGUUAAUAUUUGUCAAACAGAGUUUUAUUGUUUAUAUGAUGAAAGAAACGUGUACAAAUGUAUUUUAAAAGAGAAAAUGUAUCGUAUCAAAGUGCUAAGGAUGUUUUUGCAAUUUGAAAUUAUUUUUCGGUGAUUUUGGAGCUUAGUAUCGCCUUGUGUGUUAAAAUAUGGCGGCAUAGGUCUGUUCGAUUUUUAGUUAACUAUGUUUUGUUAGUAAUAGCGGUAGUUUUAUAUGGCAGAUAAUACGUGGCGUUUAGGAUCUCUCCUUUAAAGUAAUUUAUUCUUACCUUUCCUACGACAUUUGCUGCUUCUGAAUUAGGUUUUAGUAAGACGUAAACCGCCCGACUAAACUGCCAGUCUUAUGUAGAAUGGAUAUGGGCUGCAUUUUAAAGGGCGAUGUCAUAGUAUUUGCUUUACUUUUUAAAAAAAUAUAGCUUAGUUUUGUUAAGACUAUAUUUUAGCCAUUGACACUGUUUCCUGUUAGAAAGAGAUGUGAGCAGAAAAAAAAAACAGCGAAGGGGUGGGGUAGGGGGUGCUCCACUAUCCGAACGCUUGGAACAGGCUAGUUUCCUGUCAUCUGUUGUUACGAAAGCAUCCGCAUGACAAAGCAACGUCUGUGUACACCACUGGUGUAGAUGGUCAUGGAUUAAAACUCGUGAUGAAAUUGGGCCAUUUUUUUCAGGUUUUUAUUCUGUGCCUACAAAAUUCACCAGAAAAUUGUUGUGGUUAGUGCCGCCUAAAGAAAAUAGUUUGAUAUCUUCUUUAUGACUGUACAAGAGCAUUUUGAAAAUGUCAAGGAACCAAGUCAUGGCUUAACAACACAACAGCCCGUGUACAACCACCCCCUCCCCUCAGAAAAAAUCGUAAGGGGACGGGGCGGGUGUACACAGGCUAGCACGGAAAACAACAAUAUCUUCAUGAAGUAGCCCCUUUAAGUAAUUUUUCUUCAGAUCCGUUGCGUUCACAUGGAAAUUUUUUACACAAAUUUUAUCGUCCAGCGUUUCAUUUCGUAAAAAAUAUCGUUAGUCCGGCAUCUUGUGUGCGCAUAAUUUUUUAUACGCCUUCUACAGAGAUUUAACAAAAAUACAUAUCAGAUAAAUUUAUACAGAG